UCAUGUUUUCCAAAAAUACUCUUGCCUUCACUGCUCGCUGAGACUCCGACCAGAGCAGACGGCCGGAGCUGCUGCGAAGGACGGCUCAAGUUUCGUUCGUCGUACGUCGUUGGAAAUGUUUUCUUGUUCCAACAUCCCGCGAUUCGCAAGUUGUCGUGUCCGUGUGUGAGUUUGUGUGUGGUCUGUGCGCCUUCAGUCCGGCGCAAGAGUGCAGCACGAAAGGUCCUUGAGUGCACCGUCCAGGCGACUAGGUUAUUCCGUGGCGCUUCGGACAUGUCUGUUCUUGAGUCCUUUUAGAGAUUUUGACUCUUUGGUGAUUAAAUCGUGGUGCAGCCACCUAUCCAAAUGGAUCCCCUAGGAGAUGAGCAACUGGGGAAUGUAGGAGGCAUGGAUGGUGAGCCUCAACUCUCAGCAAAUGGUCUGAGUGAUGUCUUGGAUGUGAUUGGAAAUGAUCCUGAUCUUGCUGUAACCAACUCAAACACCAUGUCGGUUGCGGGAAGGCAUCGUCUGUCAUCGGAAACGGCCCACAUUGUGAUUUUGGAGCAGCCUGCAUCGAAGGCGAUGAGAUUUCGCUAUGAAUGCGAAGGACGUUCAGCUGGGUCCAUUCCAGGAGUCAAUAGCACACCAGAAAAUAAAACAUUUCCCACCAUUCAGGUUGUGGGCUACAAAGGACGUGCAGCAGUAAUAGUGUCCUGCGUAACCAAAGAUCCUCCCUAUCGAGCACAUCCCCAUAAUUUAGUGGGAAAAGAAGGGUGCAAGAAGGGUGUUUUUUCGCAACAAGUUCACUCCAACAACAACAUGAUUGUCUCUUUCUCCAACCUUGGCAUUCAAUGUGUCAAGAAGAGGGACAUUGAGGAAGCUCUGCGAGUUCGAGAGGAGAUCCGAGUUGAUCCUUUCGGAAAGGGUUUUGCCCACAGAAGUCAGCCUACUGGUAUUGAUUUGAAUGCUGUAAGACUCUGCUUCCAAGUAUUUUUAGAAGGGCCAGAACCAAAUACUUACACAAGAGCUCUAGCACCAGUUGUGUCGGACCCAAUUUAUGACAAGAAGGCAAUGUCGGAUUUGGUGAUUUGCAAAUUGAGUCAUGCCAGUGCUCCUGCAAUUGGUGGAACAGAAAUGAUACUUCUCUGUGAGAAAGUAGCCAAAGAAGACAUUCAAGUCAGGUUUUUUGAAGAACGGGACAAUGAAGUGAAGUGGGAAGCCUAUGCCAACUUCCAGCCAUCCCAAGUUCACAAACAAGUUGCCAUAACCUUUGAGACGCCUCGUUACGAAAGGAUAGAGUUUUCAGAGCCUGUCACCGUCUACAUCCAGCUGAAGAGGCCAUCUGAUGGAGCGACCAGUGAACCUCACAUCUUCGAAAUGAUACCUGUGACAGGUAGGGCGUCAUAUUUUAAUUUCCGUAAGCCUCUGGUGAAGAAAGGGAACUACAACACAUUCAGCCAAAUCCUCGCUGCGGAUCCUGCCAUGAUGACCAGCAACAUUCUCUCCGGAUUGACUCCUCCAACAACGCUUCCCGCUCAACCAUCACCAGAAAUUGUUGACUUGAGUGCUAUUGAGCAGGUGGCAGUUCCUGUGGCCUCACCAGACAUGCCAACAGAAGACAGCAAGCCACCAAUGCCUCAGAUGGUUGUCACAUCAGAGCUGUUAAUUGCACCAGCCCUUCAGAACUCUGAUGCUGUUGUGAACAUGCGUCAGAAUAUUGAGGAAGCAGACUAUGCUGAAGUGCACAAGUGGCACAAGAUUGAACCCAGCACUCCUCAAGUUGAUGCCAACAUGUCAGUCCUUCCUGGUAUGAUGACUGGUGAAGGGGAGGAGGAGUCCCUUGCCCUCAACGAGCUCAUAAAGCAGGUUGGAGCUGAAUUGGAUGAAUUUUAUGCUGAUUCCAAGACCAGAGCUCUUGCUGAAGCUGAUCUCUGUCCCAUAAAAAUGGAUUUACAAGACUUGCCAGAUAUUGAUGACUUUCAAGAUAUGUAUGAUGAUACUUCAUACUCGAGCUUGCAAAUGGCUAUGAAAAAUCCAAUUGAAUUGAUGGACAGUUAUGAGCAGGCCCUCUCAACACUCCCUCCAUCCACACCUGUCCUUUUGCGCACUCCAUGCAGCACCCCGUCCAAAAGGGAAUCUCCUGAGAAGGCUCCACCGCUGCCCCCCAAGCGAGCAAAGAAGUCUCCUCAGGAGCUCCUGCCUCCACCUUUGCCUCCAGCCCCAUUUAAGUCCCUCCCCUCCCCUCCUCCUGAGAUCAAAUCUCCCAAAUCUCCUAAAACCACCUUCUUUUCCAAACUCUUUGCUAAAAAGCCAAGUCCCGAAAAGAAAAAGAAUGCAAAAGUUGUUGGUCUGUCCCGAGGUAGCAGCAUGCGUAGUCCAUCUCGCACUCCAACUGUUCCUAGGAGUAAUAUGGGUGCCAGCAUGGGCAAUCUGUCUCGUUUCCCUGAUGGGGAAGACACCAUUUUUAUCAGUCUGAGGGGCAGCAUUGAUCGGGAUGAAACCCCCACUGUUCGCCCCACCAUGACUGUUUCCGACCAAGAAAAUAACAACAUUCUUUUGAAUGAUGUGAACGAUGUUCUUAGUGGGCUUACAGAUGCUGAACAGCUUGAUCUGUAUACUGAUAUGGCUCCUCGUGCCACAGUGUCUGAGUUUGAUGAAAUGUCUUCAUACUACAGCCCUGUUGAAGGUGGCAGAAUACUGAUGCCUGAGCGAGGAAAGAUGGCUCUUAAUACCCAAGGUGUUUGAACUUGGCUGGGCUUCGCCUUUGGGUUUAAAUUUGAUUCUUACUUUAUAUUCAGAAAAUUAUUUCUGAAUUAAAGUCUUUGUCUUGGAUUCAGGUCCAAUGUUGAUUGAUUGCUGUUUGAUUGAAUUGAUUGGUAUUUGAUGUGUGCAUUUUCUGAUAUAUUGAUUGGGAAAUUGUGCUUUCCCUUAGUUUGAGAAAUAUCUCCUUGAUAGGAGUGUUGCUAAGUAUUGGUCAGAUUGAAUGCACAUGCUGAACCGCCUUGUCACUUCUACAUUCUGAGUACCUCCCCUUCCUGAUUUUGUUGGUUUGCUGACUAGUUGUGUAUUCCUCUGUAAUAUUUUUUUUUUUUUUUUUCUGCGAUACUUUUUAGAUACUUUGCAAAUGUUUUAUAGUUCAUUGAAAUGGAUCUUAUUGUUAUCUGUUUUGAAGAAAAUAUUUUAUUAGCUGGAGUUUUUGCAACAAUUUCAAUAGAUUUGAGUUUAAAAUAAUAGAGAAGGAGAGUAUUCAGAAUGCAGAGUGGUAUUGGUGUUCUUAUUGAUUGAUUGAAAUAGUUAAAGGCUAUAAAUCAAAUCUUCCAUGUGAGGAUUUGUUGUGAGAGGUUGGGAGUGAAACUUCCCAACCAGGCACAUCCAAUUUUGAUGUUGCAUUUGAAAGGAAGAGCUGUGCUCUGUUUUUGUUGUUGAUUUAAUGAGAGCUUGUGGUUCUCUCCAUGUUUGAUUGUGUAGUGAAUCUGUCAAUGAGGAUGCACUUAUGCAUGGCUCAUUUAAAAACCGUUUUUGUUAGUUUAUUGUUCUAUGGUUGUUCAGUUGCUUGAAACCUGAAGACUUGUCUUAAUUUAUUGUUUUAUAUUGAAAGUUUGUUUGAAACCAAGGAUGCUUGAUCAAUGUUAAGCUUUUGUUUUGGUUCAAUUUUUAUUGUUCGAUUAGAAUGAGUCCUGCGUGCUCCAUAAACCUGCUUUACACAGGUUUGAUUGAACUGAUUUGUGAAGCUAAAAGUUCUCUUAAGUUGAGCAUUAGUUCUAAUGCUGCUUCCCAGUGCAUUUUAUUCGUAUUUUCUGUUCCUCUAACCUUGUCUAUGAAGUUGAGUGUGGAACCAUUUUUGCACAUUUUACCCCAUUUUUGUAAGCAGGACCUUGCUUUUAUUUUGUAUUCUUUUUCAUGGUGAAUUUUGAUUAUGAACUUUAGGACCAGAGUUUGUGAGAGUAUGACUAUAUGCUGAAGGUUAAAUGCUAAGCAAUGCCUUCAUAUUUUACGUCAGUGUAAAAGUUAACACAAACUUCAGUAGAAAUGCUUCUGACCUAUUUGUAGAACGAACACAAGUAAGGUUCAUUUACCUUCCACUUACACUGUGCAAUGUGUUGGUAGAACCAUUUGAUACCUCAAUCACUCUGUGAAACCAAAUUUUGAACAAGUCUGAUAUCCGCCCGGUUCGUGUAUUUGUACUCACACUUAGUUACCAUAGCAUGGUAUUUUUUAUACUUGUGAUCAUUAUUGGUAAGGAAUUUUAAGUGCCUAAUAAUUUUGAUGAUUGUUGGCUUGUAACUUGCAGUGGCUGGUUAUUGAAUUAUUCUAGUCCUUUUGUGCUGUUAAUUGUUACCUUUUCUAGUCAUUUUAGAUUUAUUGUCCAUGUUGAUCUUUGUUACUGUGUUCUUACUAACUUGUUUUUGUUGACCUUUGUUUUCAUUUGUAUUGCUUACUUCCUUGCUGUAACAAUUACUUUGUUACUUCUAUUUUAAUGUUAUGAUUUUCAACCUUUUUUCUUAUUUUUGUCCAUAGGAAAGCGGCAGAGGAUUGAUAAUAGUAAUAAGAGGCAUUGGGGGGACGAUGAUUCACCAUUGAGGAAUGAUAGACCGCAUGCUGCCUUGAAUGAGCUCAGGAUCAAACAGGAGCCUGCUG